GAGCCUCUAUGGUCUAAAAGGCUCUUUCGCGGUGCGUUUCUGACGACUUCCGGCGGCUCUUCUCGCGGGUAUUGGCUGUUGGCGGCGUUGUGGCUAAGCUCGUGUGCGGCGGCAGUGUCGGCGGCGGCUGCAGCGAAAGAGUUUGGCGCGAUGUCUCACACCAUUUUGCUGGUACAGCCUACCAAGAGGCCAGAAGGCAGAACUUACGCUGACUAUGAAUCUGUGAAUGAAUGCAUGGAAGGCGUUUGUAAAAUGUAUGAGGAACAUCUGAAGAGAAUGAAUCCCAACAGCCCCUCUAUCACGUAUGAUAUCAGUCAGUUGUUUGAUUUUAUUGAUGAUCUGGCAGACCUCAGCUGCCUUGUUUACCGAGCUGAUACCCAGACAUACCAGCCUUAUAACAAAGACUGGAUUAAAGAGAAGAUCUACGUGCUCCUUCGUCGGCAGGCCCAGCAGGCCGGGAAAUAGUUGUAUUGGAAGGGGAUGGGAGUGGGGUGGAACACAGGUGUGUACAGCGUGCUGUAGUGGAAGUUUUGUAUUAUAGUAAUCCUGUUUCCAUUUUGGUACACUCUAGCCAGGAUCGAAUGUAUUAGAUGAAAUGUGAGGAUCUUGUUCAAUCUGAAACCCCUGUCACCCCCUUUUUUUUCUUUCUUUCCUUUUUUUUACUUAAAUAUUUUUAUGAUUAUUUAGAUGGAAGUUGUUCUUUGUCAGAUAAUGUUGAUUCCAAUCCUUCAAAAACUCUUCAUAUCUGCUAUAUAACAUUCACUGUACUAACCCUUCUUCAAGUUGAAGGGGGGGGUGGUGGCACAGGUUAGUUAUGUCCUCAAGAUACAGUCUAGUGAAAAACAAAUAAAUGUUCUUUAGUUAUA